UCAUUUAAACGAAGAAGGGAAGACUCUUCAACUGUCUCAAAUUCCUUAUUUUACAAAGUAGCUUUUCAUUGUUCUCAGAAUGAUUGGAGCAUUUAGUUCUUUAAAGUCCUUAAUUAAAGGAAGCAGGGUUUCAAUAGACAAUGGAGUUUUUCUACUCCACUACAAAUUUACCGUUUUAGCACUUCUUGUUUGUACAAUGAUGAUUUCUUGCAAGCAACACUUUGGCGAACCUAUUACGUGUUUAGCAGAUAAUUCUGAUGUGAAAUUCGGUCGAGCUACGGACGCUUAUUGUUGGGUCCAUGAGACAUACACAGUCAACGAGCUGAUUGACGGGAAAGCUGGGCGACGCUCUCCCCAGCUGGCUCCUGGAGUUGGUCCGCAUACAAAUUCAACUUCUAAGAAAAUUCAUCGUUAUUAUCCUUGGAUCGGGUUCUUUCUCCUAUUUCAAGCCUGGAUGUUUUAUUUCCCACGACUUUUAUGGAAGCUGUGGGAAUCUGGGAAAAUGGAAAGACUGACGCUUAACCUACAAAACGAAUUGAAUUUUAGGGAGAAAGAGUUGAUCGCUAGGAGAAAGUCGGUUGCCAAUUAUCUCCUUCGCAAUUUUCAUCGUCAAAACUAUUAUGCAGUUAAAUACAUUACUUGCGAGCUGCUCAAUUUGCUAAAUGUGGGAGCCCAGAUUAUUUUAACCGAUACACUUUUGGGUCAUGAGUUCUCAUCGUAUGGGAAAGACGUCAUCAACUAUGUUUACGAAGGGAUGACUGACAGAACAGAUCCAAUGGACAAGGUUUUUCCAAAAUUGUCAAAAUGCACUUUCAAUCAGUUUGGGCCAAGUGGAAAUAUUGUUCCGUAUGAUGUCCUUUGUGUAUUAACUCUCAAUAUUCUGCACGAAAAAGUGUUUUUCUUCCUGUGGUUCUGGUUUCUACUACUCGCUGUAUUCUCACUUCUCGGUGUCACAUACCGCAUUUCCACAAUUUUGUUACCCCCAAUUCGGCGAUACCGCUUGGAGACAAAGGCCAGUUUAUGCGAAGAUGUUGAGAUUAAAACAAUUUUACGCUACAGUCAUUUUGCGGAUUGGCUUGUAAUAACUCAAUUAUCGAAAAAUAUGGAUCCCUUAAUUUAUGCGGACUUGUUGAAAGAUAUUGCGUACAAACUCAAGAAGAAUGGUAAGCAAGCCAUCAGACAUCAGUAUUCGGUAUCCACUCUGAAUGAAUUAAAUCGACUAGGCUCAUGUGCAACCAUGAAACAUGAAAUUAAUGCUAAUUCUGAACCACUUUAUGAUUGUGUUCCAAUGGAACUGAUAUAAAUGUAUGUGUAUUUGUCAGCCUAGAAUUCUUUGAAAAUUAUCAAAAUAAUAUUUGUAUAAAGUUUGAGAAAUUUAUAAUAAAUAAUAAAUAAACCCUCACUACAAGUUAGUAGAUAUUUCUUAGAAAUAAUAGUCUACGCCGUGGAUCCACUAUAUGCAGCGCAAUGCGUAUACGUUUUUUGGAUAGUCUUAAACCGCAAUUUCCUGUCCAGAUAUGUAAAUGGUCUGUCCUAAUCAGACUAAUGUAUGAUUUUAUAUAGACAAUUAUUUCGUAAUCCACGUAUUAACAAUUUUUCGUCAAACUAACAAGUCAUCCUGUAUGUUUUUAGCAUACAGAGAAAGUGGCGAGUGAGAGAGAAAAUAAU